GCCAUGUCGGUGUCACACAGCUCCAGGCUGAACAAGCUGGUGCGGGAGCAGUACAUGAAGCUGCCCCAGGACGGGCUGGUACAGGUCACCUACGUCUGGAUCGAUGGCAGCGGCGAGGGUGUGCGCUGCAAGACCAGGACCCUCGACAAGGAGCCCAAGAGCAUCGAAGACGUCCCUGAGUGGAAUUUCGAUGGCUCCAGCACGGCACAGGCUGAGGGCUCCAACAGUGACAUGUUCCUGGUGCCAGUCCGCAUGUUCAGGGACCCUUUUUGUCUGGACCCCAACAAGUUGGUGCUUUGCGAAGUGCUGAAGUACAACAGGAAACCUGCAGAGACCAACCUGAGACACACAUGCAAGAAGGUCAUGGAAUUGGUUAAGGACAGCCACCCCUGGUUUGGGAUGGAGCAGGAGUACACUCUACUGGGCAUCAACGGCCACCCCUACGGCUGGCCUGACAAUGGCUUCCCCGGCCCACAGGGCCCCUAUUACUGUGGGGUUGGAGCAGACAAGGUGUAUGGGCGUGACAUCGUGGAGUCCCACUACAAGGCCUGUCUCUAUGCAGGGGUGAAGAUCUGUGGCACCAAUGCAGAGGUGAUGCCCUCCCAGUGGGAAUUCCAGGUGGGCCCAUGUGAAGGCAUUGAGAUGGGAGACCACCUGUGGAUGGCUCGGUUCAUCCUCCACCGUGUCUGCGAGGACUUUGGGGUCGUGGCUACUCUGGACCCCAAACCAAUGACUGGCAACUGGAACGGCGCUGGGUGUCACACCAACUACAGCACCGAGGAGAUGCGGAGAGAAGGGGGUCUCAAACACAUCGAAGCUGCCAUCGAGAAGCUGAGCAAGCGCCACGACUACCACAUCUGCGUCUACGACCCGCGGGGCGGCAGGGACAACUCCCGGCGCCUCACCGGCCACCACGAGACCUCCAACAUCUUCGAGUUCUCCGCGGGGGUGGCCAACCGCGGCGCCAGCAUCCGCAUCCCGCGCCAGGUCGGCCAGGACGGCUGCGGCUACUUCGAGGACCGGCGGCCGGCCGCCAACUGCGACCCUUACGCCGUCACCGAGGCCAUCAUGAGGACCACGGUGCUGAACGAGACCGGGGUGGAGACCAAGGACUAUGCUGCCCACUGA